AUGAAAGAUUACGCGUACGGAGAAGAAAGAAACCCUAAGAUAUGGAGGAACCUAGGCCUGCGACUUCGAUUUUCCGAAACCGAACCGUAUAGAACCAUCCGUUUUCGGUUAACCGAAGUUUUUAAAAACACGGACCAAGAAGACAACACGAUUCUGCAUACUGGUAUAGAAAGAUCUUCUCCCAUUAUUUGGGCUCCCAGAAGAAGCGUCACUACUUUCUCUCCUCCGAGAGCUCCAUCUCUGCAACAAUUAUCCAUGCGAGUUCUUGUCAAGAACGCUGAUGCCAUCACUUCGCUUGACUAUGUUCCAGACGCACUGAGGGUUAAGCUUUGUCAAUUGCUUUGUGAUUCCAGGAGGAUGGACUUACAUUUUCUCGAUCUUCUUGUCCGUGGAUCUCCAACAGUGGUGCAUGCCGUCUUUCCGAUGUGGGGCUACGGGCACUUGUUUCCGCUGCUCCUACUAUUAGAUCUACCAAUCUCAGCCAAAUGCUCUCUUCUAACCUCAUCUAGCAUAGACAUGUUAUCUGAUUCAUUGGGGUCGGUUUUAAGGGAACUGUAUCUCAAUGAGUGCCAGAGCAUCGACCUGAAGCUUAUUCUGACAGCAUUCAAAAAGUUUGAGAAGCUGGAAGUAUUGUCUCUUGUGGAUCUUCCUUCAGUCAGGGGUCGGUUGUUGAGGAAGUUUGUUACUGCUAGAGGACAAGCCCUGAAACAGCUAAUUCUUACCAACUCUGUGAAAUUAACCGACUCUUCUAUAAAAGACAUCUCUGAAAACUGUCCUAAUUUAAGCGUGCUUGACCUGGUUAACGUAUGCAAGCUGACGGAUUGCGCUCUUGGUUACCUUGCAAAUGGUUGUCAAGCUCUCGAAAAAUUGAUUUUUUGUCGCAACUCUUUCAGGCAAGUCUCUUUACAACUUUUAUUUUAUGUUAGUAUAGUACAGGUUGGCCACAACACGGCCUUAGCCCUCGCUAAACUUUCAGAAAAGCUGCAGAUUUUGGAUGUUCCUGGUGCAGAGAUACGUCCGACGAUGCACUAG